AUGAAUUCGCGGACUUCCGAGCUCGAGCACGCCAUGGCGAGGAGUCCUGGCGACGUAUCCGUUCCUGGCGAGAGGCCCGUCAGUCAAGAGCCGCUGACUCUCGCAGAAAUGGAGAACCUCCUUCAAUACAUGCUGUCCUACACGCACGACGAGCAGGAGCAAGAGAUCUGGGAGUCGCUCGCAGCAACUGGGGUCUCUACCUCCUCCGUCGUCGAAUCUCUCCGCAUCACGAUGGAAUCUUCUCAGAAGCCUCCCGUCGUCAGGCUCACAGCCGCUGCGGUUUUCCUCAACCUGUUUCUUCUGCCCAACUGCCCCGUUUAUAGCGUUUUCAAUCCGCUCACUUUUAGCACAAUGGUACAGGCUCUUCGACAGGUCAUAACAGGAAUUUCCGGUUCUGCGAGUGUAGACGCUUAUACACCGAAGAUUGACGGUGGGAAGAAGAAGAACCGUGGAAAAGGAAAGGGCACAAAUAAGCAUCGAAAGUCGCCGUUGAGAAGCGACGAGGACGACGAGACGGGUGACAUGAUGGACGAAGAUGGUAACCAGCCGGGUGGCGACGAGACUCGGAGCAGGCUAGGCGUCACUCUGCUGUCUGUCCUGGGCUACCUUUCCCAAGCACUCGAGGUCCUGAAACUGGCGAAUCAGAACGAGACACGUAAGUCCCUGCUGGGAAUGCUCGUGGAGGCCACGCGGUUUUCCCUAGAAGAUCAGCAGCGGGUGGAGGGAGGCAGGAAGGGCUACGCCGGUGCGGAUCGGACGAGGGUUUCAGUGGGCGGAGGUCGGACCGUGGAGGCCUGGAAACUUCCGUACCGUAUGCUUCUCAAGUUAACGGACCCGCAGCAUGGCAAACCGCUUGAAACAGCCGCUCAUAUCCUCAUGGCCUUUGGCCCGCACAUCCUCAUGACGCACGCUGACGUCACCGCCACCAGUAGCAACAGCUCGAAAGCUCCGAGCCUGGUCCCCCCCUCGGUGCUCCGGUCCCGCGCCCUCGAUUUUGUCACAUCCGAUAUUCUUACGAAAGCGCCAAAGGAGUGUAUCCCUGCGGUUGAGUCACUGAUGCGGCAUCUGUGCCUGAAUGCACCGGAGAGAGCGGAAGGGAGGGCGGCAGCGGUGGAAGCGGUUAUGAAGGUGUACGAAACGGUGGGGAGGAAGGAAAGGGAGGGUUUUUUCCUUUUCGUGGGGAAGCUGGCGAGGGUUGAUAGAGCAGCCGUGAGAGUGGUGGCUGUGGACUUGAGUGCUGCUCUGGUUGAACGGAUGGCUCACACGUGGGGGAGAGGGGAAGGGGAGAAAGGGGGCAUGGGGUCGGGAGUUGGGGAAGAGGGUGGUGCGGGUGGGAGUUGUGAUGGGAAAGGGGGGGAUGCGUUGAUUGGGAGGGGAGCGGAGGAGGCCGCUGGUGGGGAAGCGGGGGCAGGGGCUGGGGGGGAAGGGGGAGAUGAAGAGGGGGACAAAGGGGAUGAAGUGAGUCUGAGUCAGGGGUCAGCUUCACAAGGAGAUUCUCAGUCUGGUAGGGAGAGUGGAAACGGCAGCAGAGAGGCUGGGGAUAGCUGUGGGAGUGGAAGCGUCAGAGCCGUUAUCAUUGACCGUGUUGGCGGCUGUUUGGAGCUCAUAUUCCGUAGGGCCUCAGACGUCAGUCCCACUGUGCGCGCCCGAGCGCUCGUGGCGCUCACUGCGACUCUUCGGAUUCUGAAAGGACGCCCCUCGCUCCUGGACGCUGUACUUGCGGGUCAUGCUCACGCCCAUGCUCCUGCCCAAGCCGAGCCUGGCGCCAGUGUGGGUGGUGGGUCCGGGCUGAGUGGGCAAACGGAGCCUGGAGUAGCAUUGGGAGCUGGGGCAGGUGGGUCGGUUCUGAGCGUGGAGGAGGUGUUGGGCAUGGUGCGGAGUCGUUUGGAGGACGAGAAGGGGCUGGUGCGCAAGGCGGCGGUGGGGGCUCUGGAGGAGAUAGUGGGGCUGUCGAAGCUCCCGCUGAGGGAGGAGCUGGUGGAUGCCAUUGGGGAGCUGUGCUCUGACUCCCUGCUGAGCGUCCGGAGGGUAGCUCUCACAGCGCUGUCCAAGGUACGAUCACCGUAG